UCAAAAUACUUAACCUCUUUGGGAAAAAUCCAAAUAAUCAGGAAAAUUUUCGAAAAUUAUAUGAAAUUGACGCUAAAUCAAUAGUUUUCUAAAAGAUUUAAACUCCCCCACUGAACAUUUAUUGUUUGGUAUUAUAUCUUCCUUGAUAUCAAUACCUGAAUAGUGGUUGAUGAUCUUUUUAUAGGUUAUAAUUUAAUCAAUAUUUUGAAUUAGGUCGACUCUAUUUUUAAAUAACAAGCCCUUUAAGAAUGGGACAGUGGAAAUGAAUCAUAAAAUGGUUUAAUUAUACGACUACUACUUAUUUCAAGGGAAGUGGUACAAAAGGGUGGAGGUCAAAGAAAAAAAAUGGUUCGGGUAAUCUCUGUUCAUAAUUUUACCAGUCAAAGCGUACAAACUGUUGAGCAACCGACAGCAUGCACAACAGCGCCCCCAGAUCGCUUCCUGCUUGCCCUUAUGAGUAACUGUGUGGAAGUCAGAGAUUUGAAGAAUAAUGCAGAACUCCUGUUCACCUUUCCAACAAUUGACGAAGUAGCACAAAUCUGCUACAGUCUCAACGGCGAUUAUGUAGCGACUCUAGAGAGUAAAUUCAAUCGACAGAAUAGGGAACAAAAUUUCGUGAGAGUUUACGUCAACUGGGACAGUAUUGCCACAUUGCAACAAUCGAAAAUGACUAGUAGCGGUGUUAGUUUAGGAUCGUCUGAAUGCGGAAUGGUCCAACCAAUGAGGGCUAGGAUAGCCGGUAGGGUGACACCUACCAGUAAUCAAUCAGAUCUGGGGAGCUUGGAAAUGAUCGAAAUUCCAGUAAAAAGGAAUCCCCAUUUCAUAUCAUGCUGUCCUAUUUCGGGAAACCUUCUCAUUCUCUCUAACAAUAUCAUCAAUAUCUACAAGUUCAGAGUGAAGACACACGAUAUUUCCAAAAUGAAAUUCAUAGACUUCAACGACACAGGAAUCAGGAUUGAACUUACGUUCGAGCCGACUAAAAUUGAAAUGUGCGAAAAUUAUAUAGCCGCAAUGAAUAGGGAUAAUAUGCAUCUGUUUAAAAUUUAUAAGAAAUCUUCCAAAGACAGUAAUUCUAAGAAAAAUAGCGCAGAGUUUCCACAGAGGGGUAAGUUUACGCAGAGUUGUGAAAAAAUUGUAACUUUUGGUUCCUCAGGCCCCGACGACACAAUAGAUUUUGCCAAACUGCUUAGGGAGGAGAUGAAUGAAGGGAGUGAGAAAAUUACUAUCCAUUUACCGAGUAUAGUGAGAGAAAAUAGUCUAAUUCACAAACAAAAUCCAUUCACCUUCUGGGACAAGGAGAUGAAAGCCACAAUUUUCAGUAAUUCACCUCUGGACAAUUCGAUAAGUCAAUACAAGGUGAGAAAUCUAAUUCAGCUACGACUAUUGCCUGUUCUUAUCGAAGAUACACUAACACAUGUCCUAGAAGAAUACAAAACGUUCGUGAUGAAACCCUUGUACAUCGACGAAGUAUUGAACAAAUCCAAGAAAGAUGCAGACAACGAAAAUAUGUUCCGGAGCGAGUUUUCCAGGAAUCUGAACAGUGUAACCUGCAUGGUUGCCACGCAACAAGAGGGAUAUCUGUUCCAUUUCGAAGAUAUAGACAACCAGGUUUCAGCAGACCAUUGUAUCGCUAUCUAUCCAUUCACCGCUCCUGUCUUUCAAUUGGUGAUAGAGGAUUAUUUUUUACACGCUUUAACCGUUAGCGGACUUGAAACUUAUACGCUUAGAAAUGGGCACAAGCUUUGUCACACUAUAAAAAGACAGGAUGAUUUCAAUAAUGCAUGUCCCCCUGUAGAUGACGGAAUCUGUCUGGUAGGAUUGAGACCUUUUUUAGGGGUAGAACAGAUUUUAUCCUCGAAUAACCAUUUACUUUUACUCGCCAAUGCCGACUCAUCUCCAACACAUUCAGUUGGUUCAAACAGCAGCUCCAACGCCGUCUACUGGACUUUAUACUGCCUAGAAUCGCCCACCCCCAAAACGAUAUUCAACGAUUUCCUAAUCGUGGCAAACGAACACAGAUUCUCAUCGUUACCAACCUACCGAAAUUUAAUGAACGAAGCACACGUGAUACUAAGAGUAGCUCUGUUCCUGAAGAAGUGGACAACAACGGAGGAUUGUAUAAAAUUGGCGAGGAUACACAAGGAGAACAUGGACGACAUUUCGGAGAUGUUCAGGGGAUCUUGCGCAUUGCUAGGCGAUCAUUUUAUCAUGUCGACCAGCAAGAAAAAGUAUCAGCUGGCUAUUCCGUACUACAAAAUGGCUGGAACUCAAGCAGCCGAAGUUAUAAGAAGAAUAAAAAAAAUCCAAGAGCAGUUGAACGUACAUUCCACCAAGGGAUUGGUACAUUAUUUGAAGCAUAUAAUGCUGGAAAUUCGAAGCGCAUAUGAAGCUGAUAAACUUUUCACACCAAACUCGAGACAGACUUUCCUAGAUGAUCUUUUGAAGUUAUUGGAAACCUCAGAUUUCGAAGAUCUUCCCUAUAUCAUCCUUAAAAGUAAAAUACUUCAAGAAUACUCAACGGACAAGCUGAUAAUAAUCUUGUCAACCACUAAAAUUCCAGAUGAUUUCACCCGUCAAGAUGAGAAAAACUUGGCUCUGUGCCUGUUAUACAUUCAGAAAAAUAAUUUAUCCCAAGCGAAAUUCUGUUUGAAGCAAAUCGACUCUAACAACCUCCACAAACUCUUACUGGAUCAUUGGGAAAUUUUAUUCGAGAACAAUUCCAAGCAGCAGGGACCUAAGGGAAUCACGAAUUUUUCGGAGGUUGGAGAUCUGAUCAUCAAAAACUACACGGAGAAAUUCGCUCAUCUCCUGGUCACUUUAGUGAUGAAGCAGAAAGUUAUCAAUUUGAGUAGGCUUAUUAAGAUAUUCAUGGAAUACUUACCAUCGAGCAUUGGUGCGGAACCGAACACUGCCACUCAACUUCUUCAGUUAACACUGGAGGAAUACUUCGAACAACUAUUCUCGGGAUCCCAAGAAAUCGACCAUUCGAGGAUUUCACACGAAAAAGGAGCCAGUGAAGCUUUAAAACUUCUUGUACGGUCGUAUCUUUCCCAGCUGCAAAUUCUACAACUGAAAGAAGAAAACAACAAGAAGAAGGAGGAAAACAGCUUAUGUAACGGUGAUGCUAAAAACCAAAAUGGGGAGGCAGAAAUCAUACAAAAUCCGUUGAAUAUGUACGAACUUUUCGACGAUAACAUCUACAAGAAAGACGCUUAUCUUUUCGAACGAUGUAGGUACGAGUACUUGCAGAAAAUGCCACCGUUUCAAGUGGAAAUCGUUUCCAAAAUGUACAGUAUGUGUCUUGAAAAUCACAACGACGAGAAGGAGAUCGCAGUUAACGAUGAAGCUGACGGUAUUUUAGUGAAACUUCAAGCGAUUCUUUGCAGCCCAGUUGUACCGAAAGGUUUGAACAGCGAAGUAGAAACCUUCCUUUCCAUGAAUUCCAAUUUACGUGGCAAACUCAGUAUACAAUCGAUAAUAUUACCGAAUAAAGAUGCUGUACCACUUUUAAUCGAGAACUGUCCCCAAUGUUUGCCACAGUUUGGAAAGGAUCGUCUGAAAAAAACUGACGAGUGGAAAUUCCUCAUCGCUUCGUUACAACAGAAAAUUCUGAGAUUAUCCACCGAUGAGAAACUGGAUAAAAUCUGUUUUUUCUACAAGAAGACACUGAAAGAUGUUCUUUCGCAAGUUGCUCGUGGUAUGAACCUGGAAGAGCUGGUUCAAGUAUUUCCCCAACGUAUCAACACAAACGGGCUUCAUUACAAUAACGAAGAAAGUAACGAUGGUGGAGUGAACGGAACAAAUAGAUUUGGUAAAGAUGUGGAUAGUUUCGAAAGCGGAAUGGUCUACACUGACCGAGAAUUGGAUAUAUUGAACGAGAUCCAAGAUUACGAGCCCUACAUCGUGAUAUGCAGGGAAACGAUGAACGCCAACCAAAUGAGAAAACUGAUAAUAGCCACUAGUCAGCAGUUACUGCGUACCUUGAAUUUCUGAGUAUAGAGAUAGUCAAAUUUCUGGUUGUGAUGCAAGGGAUACCAAAGCUUUUUUAUGGACGGCACUUUGAAGAGAAUUUUUACACUCGACUUUUCCAUACAUUCCGGUAUAUUUUUUAUGUGUUUUUUCUAUAUUCUAUCAAUAGUUUUUAUUCUUUAGAGUUCUUCGUUCUUAAUUGUUAUCGAAGAAUCGACUCGGAUUUAAUGAGGAGUUUAUUUCAAAUUGAAAUAUCAUUAUGUGAUAGUUGAUAUUAAAAAAAUUUCUAUUUCCAUUGUAUAGGGAAGUUUGAACUAUUUAUUCCGAAUUUAUUUAUAUUGAAGAUGUUAAAUUUGGCGUAUUUAUUAUAUUGAAUAAAAAUUUGGACUUA